AUGACGGUCACCUCGGCAGCGGAAGAUCCCCUUGCCAUCUUACCCCCCGAGAUCGUCCUGCGCAUCCUGGAUUUUGCCCCCGUUUCGACACUUGCAUCCCUUACUGCCACGUCCACUGCCUGGCACGAAUUUAUUGAUGUCACCCAUCAAGAAGCAAUCUACAGCUCCGAAUCCAAGACUUCGCACCCGCCCGGCACAAGUCGUGAUCUCUCGUUCUUGUCAAAUGCGGGAACUUUUGCCAAAUCGUUCGAGGGUACCACGUCAUGGAAGGACUUAUGUAGACGCCAAACACUUCUUGCCUGCAACUGGGCUGAUUCCUGUCCAAUCACCCAGGAGUCGGUGCUUCAGGUCGGAAAUGAUCCUAUUUGGCGGUUUCGGCCCGAUUUCAAACGUCGGUUUUUUGUUUCUACGUCCCAUGCGGGCGGGUUGAAUGUUACAGAUAUGGACACUGGCUGUAUUCUUUGGCGCCUUCCUUCGUCACUAGAUCGGGAUGAAGACGCUGUUCGUCCAUAUGCUCAUCUGGAAUAUCAGGACGGAAUGGCUGUUUUCGAUCGUGAAGGUGAUGCCGUGGAGGUUUGGCAGGCCGAUGUGGACGGUGCACCACGUGGAGAGUUUCGGCGCAUCGCGGUCUUGAAUCAUGAUUGCCAGACCAGGGGCUUUCAACUAUCUUAUGACACACUGUGUGUGGUAUCCAACAAGGCACAAGGCUUUGUAUAUGACAUGAAGCAGCGACCUCCCCGGUUGAUCACACACUUGACUAUUGAACCCGACGCCGUCGGUCACCUAGAUCAGAGCAAAGAUGCGGUGAUUUACUCCAUAGGGGCACGGGGCUAUGUUAUUUAUGAUAAGGCAUCCGGUAACUAUUUGGGUGCUCUACAUCCCUCACGAUGUACAGACAGAUAUCACAUCCGCCCGCCCCCCGCAAGUUCCCGUUCUGCAAGCGCAGCGCUCGCCGGGACGGUCCGGCAUGGUCCAAAUCACCGUAUCUUCCCUUCUGGGCCACCUCGCAAAGAUUGUUUAACUCCGCUCAAGCUCGUCAAGGGGCCACUGUCCCCACCACCUAGCGACCCGGAGCAUGUCUGGCAUGGAGAAGAUGAAUGGGGAGCAGGUAUGCUGGAUGGUGAUUUAUUUGUUGGCUUUUCUCGUGCUGGUCGCGUCUUUGUCUGCUCCGACUGGCGCAAGGCUAUCCAGGAUGAAAAUGGGUUCGCAGCCAACACUUCCAUCAUUGAAUGCGAGUCGGAUGGCUCCAGCUUUGACUUAGGCGGUUGGUUGUCGGUGCGCAACCACCGCGUAAUGUUCGAAAUCCAAGACCGGGUGUACGUUGUUGCCCUUGACGAUCGUAACAGAAUCCCCACAGGGGAUCCUCCUUCUCGCGCUUCGUACGCGCUAGCCACCAGCUCUGCACCACAGCUUGCUGUGCCAGUCAGCUUCAUGACUCUAUGCGAGGAUGCUAUCAUGACUACUUACACGACUCUCGGUUGGCGACAAACUCUCUCCGACGUCCCUGGCGAUGCCCAGCAACAACAUGAGAACCCCGCCCGCAUUUUCCCAACCAAAGCCGUCCGAAUUGUCAGCUUAAGCCCCAAUCUUGCUAGCAAUCCCACUUCCCCGUCCAACACCACGCCCGAACGAUUAGCAGGCGCUGGUGACGAACCGGAUCCCAACCACCCCCAUCCCGAUGACCUUUGGCGCUCACAAGCUGGUUUGUUAGACUUGAUCAGCAUGCUUCAGGAUGAAUUCGAGGAAGAGGAAGAUCCGCCGGAACUUUUAUUGUCAGAUUUGCAGGCAGGGCAUCCCAUCGAUGCGGAAUGGGAGGACGUCGAGGAUGACGAGGAUGAAUAUCCAGAUGCACGCGGGGCUUGA